CUAUCAUUUUCUCUGCCUCUCUGAACUUGGUAGCUCCGUCUACUUUCUCAAUUUUCAAUCUUUACAAGCUUCAUUUCUCUUCCUUUCUCUCAAUCCUAAUUUUAUACAUUUUCCUGUUUUUUCUUUUCCUGUUUGGGUUGAUGAUUCUGUAGAAUCUUUUUCUUUUUUUCUCAACUGGGUCUGUGUUUUCUUCAGCUUCUUGCAUCAUCUCGCACUAAAGUUUGUUGCUUUUUUAUUUUUUUUGUUGAACAGUUUCCUUCACUUUUUGGGGUUGCAGCGGUAUAAAUUCUCACUUCUAAACCUGUUUCUCUAUAGUUUUCACAACUUUAUUCCAUCUGGGUUUUGAUUGUCGUUUCUCCAGGGGUUUAUUAUACCUAGAAAACCAAGAUCAGAUUUCCCUUGUUCUUUUUCAAGAUUCUCUUCGAUUCUCUAAAGUUGUUUCUUUUUUAGAUUCUUUGAAUUAUGCUUGAAGGAAAAGAGAUUCUUGAUUCCCAUCGAACGAUUCUGCUUCCAAUGCCCUUUUAAGCAGUUAAACCCUUCACCCUUCUUCAAUUUCUCCUUCCAUUGAUGGAAACUUUGUAUUCAGCUUCUUAUAUGGAAACUUCAGAAUGGCUUGAUCAGGAAAGCAGGAGCACAAGCUGGACUAAAGAAGAAAACAAAAGCUCAUCCUUGGCACUGGAGCUUGUUAAUAACCGGGAUUAUGAUGCCUACAGGAAGAAACCGGCGGCGGUGGCUAGGAACCCUGAUCAGGAGAGGAAAAAGGGAGUUCCAUGGACAGAAGAUGAACACAGGAGAUUUCUGCUGGGCCUUCUGAAGUAUGGAAAAGGGGAUUGGAGAAACAUUUCCAGGAAUUUUGUGGUGUCCAAGACUCCUACUCAGGUGGCGAGUCAUGCUCAGAAAUAUUAUCAGAGGCAGCUCUCAGGAGGGAAGGACAAGAAGAGACCAAGCAUCCAUGACAUCACAACAGUCAAUCUCACAAACACUUGUUUUUCUGACUAUCAUAAAGUUCAAUCAUCAGAUCAAAUUGAUACGCUUGCAUUGCAGCAGAAGUUGGCCAGCAUGACAAAAGUAGGCCAUGAUUGGAGCCGCCUCAAUAAUGGAUCAGGCAUGGUUUUCAAUUCAAGUCUUGGAAGCCGGUUUGUGUCAUCUCCUUUUGACAUUAGACUUCAGGCGCAAAGUCUUUAUGGCAUUGCUUAUCAUGGAGAUCACAUCAAACCCCAGAAUUCAGUGUUCUAAUCCAAUCUGUGUGGAUGAUAUGCGCCAUAAAUCCGCUGUUCUAGGGAAUAUUAAAACUUUUCAAAGAAGAUGGAAUAAUGCUGUAGUAUUCCAUGUCUGCUUUUUUUUCAUGUUUGUGUAAUGAAAUUGUUGUCUGAAUAUCGUUUUGUAACUGUGAAGUUGAAACUAUAGACUUAAGUUUGGCCAAAUGUUCAAGUUCUGUGCAUUUUAUCAGACAACUAUGUUCCUUUGAGAUUGUUUAUAUCAAACCAGACAUGCACUUCUUUUCAAGAGAACAAAUAACACAAUCAUAUUAAUGGUGCUUAAAAAAAUACUUCUUCUACAAGUCCAAUACACUUCACAGUUUACACCGACCGACCACAACUCCAACUUGCUUAUUGAAAUGCAUUUAUCAGUUGCUCAUUGUUCUGUGAAUUUGACAUAAUCCUUCUGGAAAAGCUGAAAACUAUUGUUGAAUGUCUGCGAUGGUUCAUCUGCGGUAUCAUAAGAAACAAGAGCUACAUCA